UGUACUAAAACCCUUUAGGCGCUAGAAACAAUGAGUUCCGAAGAUCUCGAGAUCGAGUAAGGGCUAACAGUCCAAAAAAAUACAGUUUACGAAACAGGGUAGAGGAUGGUAUAAAAAGCAGGCUUCUAACUCCACAUGUAGACUCACUCCUGCGCGAUUGCAAAUAUGCAGCUCUACCGCGGUGCGCAAAGCUACCAGCGUCCCGUACCGAAGCAAAGCAAAAUUGCAUCGCAGAGGCAGUAUCGAGUCAAAGAGGGGGAUGGGUUCCAAGAACUCAAAACAGCGAUUCGCUUGAUCACAGGGGAAACUCCCCAGACAAGGCGCGAAACCUUGAAGAAAGCUGCAGAAUUGCUGCGGGAGUUAUCAAGAGAACAUGAUGGCGAAAUUUCUAGGCAUGAACCACUCCCACCCUUGGAAUUCUCGUCAGCAUCCGAGUCACCCUAUGAAGCUGAACGGGAGUCUCACACUUCUUAUGAACCUCUUGUGAUUCCCAACAACGAGACAUGGGCAAACGCCAUUGUAUCAAGGACAAGGAAUAGUAGCCCGAUGUCAGACGCAUCGGCGACGAGCUCGAUGCUGGAGUAUCAAGGUUAUACUCAGACAGAGAUUCACCAUGCUGUCGGCGGUGGAGGCGACUGGAGUUUGGUUCAACCCACCCCUUCGCAAUUUCGGCAUGUCUCAUUCUCCACGCAGUGUCAAUGGAACGACCUGUCGCUCAUUCAUUCGAACAUAGAUCAAGUUCCAUACUACUUAGAAAGCGUAGGAGUAAAUUAGGUUACAUGUCGGAAUUCGAGGAAUCCCUGAAUAUUUCAAAAUAUUUGUAGCAUCCAUAACUUAUUACUCUUGCGGAUUUACGUACCCUGUAGCCUUUAGUCGUCGUAUUUAUUAGAUCUAUAGUAUAUACCCUUUGAUACCCUUUGCAUAUACCCAACGAGAGGGCGAGUGAGAGAAGCACGACCAUUCGACAUCCUGGGUGUUCUAUGACCAGAUAUGCCU